UGAUGAUGGUGGUAAAACAUUACAUGCACCUCGACAUAAUUUACCCGGCAUACCGGCAUACCACGAGAACGAGAAUAUAUGAGUGUGCGGGUAUUGACAGGAAGCACUUACGGAAAAGCUGCGAAACGUGGUGUAGUAGUGGGUUGGUAGUGGAAAGAGUACAAGAGUGGACAAAUGACAACACUGCUCGAUUAUGGUUCGGUUCAAGGAUCGGUUGAUCGUAUCAAGGGAAGGUGGAUCAUUGAGAUACAACCUGAUGCAAGCACUAUUACAUUUUCUUAUAAAAUGAGGAAAACAGAGGGUAAAGCUUAGGUAGUUCACACUCACCCACACAAACACACACACCCAUACAUACAGAUAACAACAUGCUGUUUGAUUUGAUAUUUCGUUUUACUGCGUACGCGCAUGUAUGCACCUGUACAUGUAAAAGGGGAGCCAAUGGGGAAAGGAAAGCUAUAGAGUGGCACGUUUGCAAGCUAACAAUAGCUUGGUUAUGAAGACGGGCCCUCUCUGCAUGCAAGGGGGAAAAGUCGUCCUCAUAACUCAUAGAGAAGAUAAAAUCUUAACCCUCCCGAAUUUUAGGGCGCGCGCCGUAAACAAUGGUAUCGAAUAUGUGUUAGAGCAAAUGCAAGCAAAAAGUAUCAUAUUUAGUAGCCCUGUUGUGUGCUGUGGAUCGUAGCGGCCGGAUGGUGGUAGACAGCAUCGUCUGUGCGGCACUACUUACAACUUACGCCAGUGCUGCACCGCCACCACGCACCACGCUCUGGAUGCUAAUAGUAAAUUGCACUAUAAUACCCCCAAAAAGGAGUUCAAGGAGGCAAAGAGCUAAGGCAAAAGUGGAAAACAGCAGCAAACAGACACGAUUAUACUAUAUAUGAUAAGAGUUAGGAAUGCGGAAUGGGUGGGAUACUGAACGAUGGGAGUGCAUAGUGUGCAAGAGCAAUCAGCAGACGAGGAGAGCACGAGAUCGGUACGUGUGUACGUGUGUGUGUGUGUGUGUGUGUGGUGUGAUUGUGACUGAAAGAUAUAGAAAGAAGCAGCGGUGGGAAGAGGCAGUAAUAGAAGCAAGGAAGUAAGUAGAACGAAACAACAAAUUAUAAUAACCCACACACACACACACGCACGCACACGUUGCGCGCAUUAUGAUAUGAUAUGGGAAAUUGUAUUUAUUUUACUCAAACUCUCUCCCCAACUCUCCCAACACCACCACUCUCCGCAAAAUGCAAAGAAAAAACGCGAAAAUAUGUUGUUAAAGAUUUUGAUUUAUUAAUAAAGUGUAGAGUAAUUAUGAUUUCA